AUGGUUUCCCCUCGCUCUCGACUCGAUGAGCUCAACAGGAGCAGGCUUAUUGGUAGGGACAGCUCAUCAGAUAGCAUUUGGCUGUUAGCAGAGCAGGAUCCUCAGAGAAUAUGGACCAUAGGUAAGCAGAUAGUAAUUUUAAGUGAAACCGGUCAUUCGCGGCGAAAAAUUGCACAAAUACUGGAAGUUUCACAGAAAGGAGUCCGUACAACAUUUGAGAGAUUCGUUGGAAACAAAUCGUUUUCCGACAGGAAACGCUCGGGCCGACCGAGAAAGACGACAAAAAGUGAUGAUAGACUGAUAAAAGUGUUAAGUAAGCGGUCCAGACUCAAAACAGUGCCAGAUAUCAGAGCCGAGAUCAAUCAAACGCUACCGAAGCCGGUCACACGUCAGUUGCAUGAUGUCGGUUUGUAUGGACGGGUCGCUGCCAAAAAACCAUUGUUGCGAUCGUUUCGCAGUGGUAGUGUGAUGGUAUGCGGUUGUUUCUGCUACGCUGGUGUCGGCACCUUGGUAAAAAUCGACUUAAAAAUGCGGAAAGAAGACUAUCACCGAAUACUUCAGCGAAGCGCUAUUCCAUCUGGAAUCGAUAUAAUAGGAGAGGAUUCGAAAGAUGCUGCACGCACUCUUAAAUUCAUGGAAUGGCCACCACAGUCGCCGGAUGCAAAUCCCAUUGAACUGUUGUGGGAUGAGCUGGACAGAGAAGUGCAGAAACUGCAUCCAACCAGCGAAUCUCACUUGUGGCAAUGUCUUCAGCAGGCUUGGCAACGAUUGCGACCAGAAAGACUUCAGAAAUUAGUGGAAAGAAUACCCAGAAUUUGA